CGCAGUAGCGCAGAGGCGGCGCGGCGGCGUCUCCCUCACGUGAUCGCACUCGGACACCUCCCAGCGCGUCUCGCUACGCCCCGCGCACUGGCUUCGGUCAAGGUCUGCGCCUGCGCGGCCGCAGGCUCGCGGGCUCGCCGACCUGCGGGCUGGCGGCUACUGAGCACCCGCGGCGAUGGGUGAGUGCGGGAGGCCGGCGAGGGGGAAACAAGGGGUUAAAAAAAAUCCUUCAUGAAGAAGAAAGAUCUUAAGCAACAUGAUGGAUUCAGAAGCUCAUGAAAAGAGGCCGCCAAUCCUAACAUCUUCAAAACAAGAUAUAUCACCUCACAUUGCAGAUGUCGGUGAAAUGAAGCAUUACUUGUGUGGCUGCUGUGCAGCUUUCAACAAUGUGGCCAUCACCUUUCCCAUUCAGAAGGUCCUCUUCCGGCAACAGCUGUAUGGAAUCAAAACCAGGGAUGCAGUACUUCAGCUCAGGAGGGAUGGGUUUCGAAACUUGUAUCGCGGAAUCCUUCCCCCAUUAAUGCAGAAGACGACUACCCUGGCACUUAUGUUUGGUCUGUAUGAGGAUUUAUCUCGCCUUCUCCGUAAGCAUAUCAGCAGCCCAGAGUUUGCAACCCGUAGCAUGGCCGCAGCCCUUGCAGGGACUACAGAAGCCAUUUUCACUCCACUGGAACGAGUCCAGACAUUGCUGCAGGACCACAGGCAUCAUGACAAAUUUACAAACACUUACCAAGCUUUUAAGGCACUGAAAUGCCAUGGAAUUAGAGAGUAUUAUCGAGGCUUGGUACCCAUUCUUUUCCGUAACGGGUUCAGCAAUGUCCUUUUUUUUGGCUUCCGGGGUCCCAUUAAGGAGCAUCUGCCUACGGCAACAACUCACAGUGCUCAUCUGGUCAAUGAUUUUAUCUGUGGAGGCCUAUUGGGUGCCAUGUUGGGAAUCUUGUUUUUCCCAGUUAAUGUUGUAAAAACUCGCAUGCAGUCUCAGAUUGGUGGGGAAUUUCAGUCUUUUCCUAAGGUUUUCCAAAAAAUCUGGCUAGAACGGGACAAGAAGCUGACAAAUCUUUUCAGAGGUGCCCAUCUGAAUUACCAUCGGUCUCUCAUCUCUUGGGGCAUAAUCAAUGCUACUUACGAGUUCUUGUUAAAGAUUAUGUGAAAGAAAUUAUCAGUUAUGUGCCAUUUAUCAACUAAAUAGAACCUUCUAAGAAGAAUGCAAUUUGGCCUCAUUCCUAAUUGGCCAAAUACCAGGCAGCAUCGUAAGUCCAGGGCACAAUGAAUGUGGGCAAAGCUGUUUUCCUUAAGCACCACCAAAUUCAGAUGAAAGGUUUCACUAGGGAAAUUUGAGGUUCUUUUUUCUUUUUUUUUUUUAAGGCCGGGGUUGGUUUUUGUUUUGUUUUGUUUGAUCAUUGGGAAUUUUAGGCUGAAGGCCUGCUUAAUAAUAGCUGCCUCUGUGAUGGCUUUUGACAAGGAAACUAAUAGCCAAGAUAUGAUUCCUUUCCCCAAAAGUCUUUGAAACCUUCUGUAUUGAAACAUAAGUGGCCAUGACCAGCUAGAGAAAAGGCCCUUAAAAGGCCUUGUGGGGUCUCAAGCUUAUUUCUGUUACUCCAUUUCUUGCCUCUCUGCUCUUAGGAGUUGCAAAGGGUAGUCUUUGUUAAACUUAAGCACGUACCUGGCAAGACAAAAGAGCAGAACAGAGAAGAAAAAUAGCUUAUUAAGCAUAGGCAUGAAACGUGGUAAGUUGCUUGUAUUAGUUUUGGAACUGAGCACCUGUUGGGAUGGUCACUAGCUAGACUAUUUCUGUCAGACAUGGCAGACUCAAGCAGCUAAUGAAAGCGCCCACUUUUCUGUCUAGGUUUGAAAGUUCUCUGUGUAGUUUUGAAUGUGACUUUAAACCCUUCCAAAAUACACUUAUGUUAGUGUCACUUAUUUCAUUGCCAAAAGAGGUAGAGAGUUAAUUUUGUUACAGGCAUUUCUUCCUGUUAGGAAGUUUCAUAUCAAUUGCACGUAGAGCAAACUCUAGCUCAAUCUCUUUGAAUUAUUGUUGCCGUCUUAGUGAAAAGCUGAGGGUCCUCUUCUUUGAGUAGUGCUUUGUCAUAGUCAUAUAUCCUGUUGCCUUGAAACUCCUUUUAAAACCUAAACACUUCCAUAAAAAUUCUGUUUUGGAAGUCUAUUAACAGGAGCCCAGAUUUUUUUUUCCUGGCUUUUAAAUGAUACAAGAGACCAGCAGGAAAACACGUCAGAAUAGCUUUCACCCAUAGUGCUAGCUAUCUUUAUCUUAUUCUUGAAAAUAGACUUCUGUUAGGAUUUUUACAUUUUGGGAACCCAAUUUUGUCAUUAAAACAGUGAGACAGUUUGAGAUGAUAAGACCUAAAUAAAGAUACUUGAAGGGUUAAUUUUAAACUCCAGAAAUUGAUAACAGUUGGACAGCAUACUAAUAGACAAAAACUUGUCAAAAGAAUCUGAUUUUAAAAUAUUUUUUCCAGGUAAAUAAGGCAGAAUGACUCAUACCAGUUGAAUAACUAAUAAAACAUUCAAGAUGUUGUAGAAAAGUACUUUAUCAAUCUUUUAAAAAUCCACAUCUGUAAAUAAUAUGUAAUAUAGAUUGCCAGCAUCCAGUGUGGCAGAGGAGGUAGUUAGGUUUCUCACUAUCAGUUUGUCAUCAUUCUGGGUAGUUGCAUAUGAGUAUGAUCACUUACUGACCAAAAUAAAAUCAGGGUCUUUAUAGUUUACUCAGUUCAUGGGCAGAUAGUCCAAAAAAGAUGUUUACCUCUAAAUGCAGUAGGACUGGUCAGAUAGAAUGAACCCUUUUCCAACUGUGGAGGGUAAGGAAGCAUGUGGCAGGCAGCAAUGAAGCUCAGUAGCUUUACAACAGCUCUGUUUGACAAUGUUGUGCUGAGAAUUGCAGUUCUAGAAACCCAGGUGCAGAUGUAAAGAUUUCAGAAAAUAAGAAUUUGACACCAUGUAAAUGUGAGCAGCAUCCUUUGGCUUAUUGAAUAGUCGGAAUCUGAAGCAGGUGGAAUUUCAGAAAUGAAUGAGGAGAGCUCUGGUGCCUCGUGCCCUCAUUCACGUGUGUGUGUCCCCCUGCGUGCUCAUGGCCAUGUCGAGGUGCUCAGCACAUGGCAGGUGAGAGCCUGGGCUCAUGCUUUGGGGAUUGGCGUCCCAGGGCUUCCUUAGAUCGGUACACUCCAUGCAGGUGAUAGAAACCUAAGUUCUAAAGCACUUCCGUGACAUAAGAAUUUUGAGGAGGGUGCUUUGGCUUCUGCUGUCUCAAACGUGGCAUUUAAAAACAAUAAAUAUUUUUAAUGGUUUUAACUUAUAUUUUUGGAUUUCUUUGUCAGUUUUUACAGCUUUUGAAGACCAAACUACAAAUCCAUUACCAUGCAUGGUUUUGUGUUGUCCUAUAGACUUCUUAAUUAACAAAAAAUUCAACAGAACUUGUAGCCAACAGCUUUAUCUGAACUUUAAGUCAAUAUGUUAUUAGUAAUAGAUUCUAACUAUUGUUUUUACCUUCAGUAUGAAUUUUGAAAAGGUAAACAUGAUUGAAGAACUGUUUAAAAGCUUUAAAAGUGGCCUUUCUGUUACAUAUGUGGUACACAAGGCACUUCUGGUCUUGCCUCUAUUUCAUGUCUGAUGCCACAGAAGUAUGUUAUGUGUUCUAUAUUUAGCACACGUAGAGUGGUAUGAGCCCUCAGGACUGCACCACAGAGUAAACACAACCUCUAUAUGGUGGCAGAUUUGUAUAUUUUUGUUUCAUUUGUUAUUGGAGACAAAGUUAUAUUUUUGUCUCAGUCAAUAUUCAUCUUACCUAAUGGUUAUAUAACCACUUGCUGUAUAUUGUGAACUGUGCAAUAAAACAGAAUUGUGUAUAUAUAAUCAUCUUUGGAGGCCUGAAACUCCCUAACUGAAUUGCAGAGGUAAUACUGUUACAAGCCUGUGCAAACAGAUAAGGGAGGGGGAGACAUGUAUAAGUGGGGUCCAGAGGGCUUCACAGUCUGCCAGUCGUGCGGACCCGAUGCUGUCCAGAGUGGAUGCAGUACUGUAGUGUGAGGGGUAGGCAGUCAAAGGGAAGGUGAGACGGGAGGUCACAUUUGAGGGAAGGGAAAACAGGCUGGAUUUCUUUUAAAUGAAAAUAAUUGUUUUCUUAUGUGCAUAUAAAUGCAUAUCAAAGACUUGAACAGGCAUUCUCCUUAAAUUUGAGGAUUUUUAGUUGUCAGUGCUGUCUAUAAAGUUAAGUAUUUGCUUGCCUGAAUGGCUCCCAAAUUGUGAGGGAGUCCCUACAUGUUUCCGUUUCAAAGUUUCAUUAUUAUAAGUGGUUUAGCACACAAAACUUUUUAUUCCGACUUUUGUGACUGAGUUUAAAUGAAAUCUGUUAAAUGUUUCAGAGUUAACAUGCUUCUUCUGCUCAUUCUGUUUGGAAUAAAGUUUUUUUAAGUCCA